AUGGCAGCCACCGCCCAUUCUUCAGAUCCAGAGAGACCCUCCGGCACCGUGUUACAGGAAGUCCGAUCGCGGCACUACCCGACCGACGUGGAUCCCCGCGAAGCGCUCGAGCUCCAGGAGAUUCAAACGCAUGAAGAUAACGAGCUCAACAAUUCUACGCCGUCAAACUCGUCUGGCGAUGAAUAUCGCGUCGUAACGCGUCGUACCACAUCGCGCGCUCUCGCGGCGCAUGCAGAUGCCCGACAUCGCCGCCAGGCGCGGAAGGGCGCUUGGGGCAAACUCACACGAUUUUGGACGCACCAUGUUACUUUGACGGUUCCGCAUAAGAGUAAUCGUGAUUAUUUUGGUGGGUGUUCACCGCCAAUUCCUAUUAUUCUAGCCCAUGUUAAUUGUUUUAUAGCUUUAGAGAGAACCUUUCUGGCUUAUAUACGUACCUCCCUUGUUAUCACACAGCAAGGAGUCCUUAUAGCGCAGUUGUUCCGUCUACAGGCGGCGGAGGCUUUGGCGGAUAAGCUUGGAUUCCAGCAGGUCGGUAUCCCGCUCUCGGUAACUUGUCAUAGUGUGGCUAUUCUCGUGGCUUUGGUUGGUGCCUAUCGAUUUUGGAGACAACAGAAUGCAAUUGCCCGGGGUAAGAUCCAUGCUGGGGGAUGGGAACUAAACUCUGUCGGGAUCCUUCUGGGCUGUGUGAGUUCUUUGUGGGAUGUAACUGGUAGAUUUGAGAGCGUUGCUAAUUUGGUUCAGAUUAUUCUCACAACUUUGAUUAUAUCUAUUGCGAUUACCGUCGAGAUCGGUACAGAUCCGUCGAAUUUGAUCAAACUGAUAUUGCGCGGAUGA